UUCGAAUCCGCCCACCUCAGUCUCCAGCCUAUAAAAUGCGACGUUUGCGGGUUGUGGUGGACCUGCUUUGUUAGAGGAGAGUUGUGCCCUGGCAGCGGACGAGAAGUGCGGCCAGCGGGAAUAGUUCGUCAUGGCACCUAUUGGAGGAAGCUCUAAAGCUAAGAAGGGUAUUUUAGAACGGCUAGAUGCUGGAGAAAUUGUGAUUGGUGAUGGAGGAUUUGUCAUUGCUCUUGAAAAGAGAGGUUAUGUAAAAGCUGGACCUUGGACUCCUGAGGCUACUGUAGAACACCCUGAAGCAGUUCGUCAGCUUCAUCGAGAAUUCCUCAGGGCUGGAGCAAAUGUUUUACAAACAUUCAGCUUUUAUGCCAGUGAUGAUAAAUUACAGAACAGGGGAAAUUAUGCAGCUGAUAAAUUUUCUGGCCAGAGAAUAAAUGAAGCUGCUUGUGACAUUGCAAAAGAAGUUGCUCAAGAAGGUGAUGCUUUGGUGGCUGGAGGUGUUAGUCAAACACCUUCAUACUUAAGCAGCAAAAGUGAAGCUGAAGUGAAAGCAAUCUUUCGAAAACAGUUGCAAGUUUUUAUCAAAAAAGAAGUGGAUUUCUUGAUUGCAGAGUAUUUUGAACAUGUUGAAGAAGCCAUAUGGGCAGUUGAAACUUUAAAAGAAUCUGGGUUGCCAGUUGCAGUUACUCUAUGCAUUGGCCCAGAAGGAGAUAUGAAUGGUAUACCACCAGGAGAAUGUGCUGUUCGACUAGUUAAUGCUGGGGCUUCUAUUGUUGGAGUAAAUUGCCAUUUUGAUCCAACUACUUGUCUUACAACUAUAAAACUCAUGAAGGAAGGUUUGGCAGCUGCUAAACUAAAAGCACAUCUGAUGUCACAGCCACUUGCUUUUCAUACCCCUGAUUGUGGGAAGCAAGGUUUCAUUGAUCUACCAGAGUUUCCUUUUGCUUUGGAGCCAAGAAUUUUAACCCGAUGGGAUGUUCACAAAUAUGCAAGAGAAGCUUACAAUUUAGGGAUCAGAUAUAUUGGAGGAUGCUGUGGAUUUGAACCAUAUCAUAUCAGAGCAAUUGCUGAGGAGCUGGCCCCAGAAAAGGGUUUUUUACCCCGUGCAUCUGAAAAACAUGGUAGCUGGGGGAGCGAUUUGAGUAUGCAUACUAAACCCUGGGUUAGAGCAAGGGCUAGAAAAGAGUACUGGGAGAAUAUGUUACCUGCUUCAGGUCGACCAUAUUGUCCCUCACUGUCAAAGCCAGAUGAUUGGGAUGUGACCAAAGGUGAUCUGAUACAGCAGAAAGAAACAACAACUGAACAACAGCUGAAAGAACUUUUCAAGAAACAGUCAUUCAAAUCCAAAACUGUAUCUUAAAUUGGCAGCAAUUAAAAAUUACAAUCAAUAUUAAAUGAAGAGAUGAUACGGGCAAAUGUAAUUCACAGACAUUAAAAUAUAACUUCAAACAUUACUUUUUUUACAACAUGGUUAUAUGCACACAAGAAAGAUUCCUCAUCUUUGAUUGUAUUGAGAUUAUUUUAUUAAAUAGGAUCAUCCAAUUAAAAGAAAGCAGAUAGACAUUCUGUAGCUAAACUAGUAAAGUGUUUUUUAAGCUAUGCUGUCUCAUUGCAAUUAGAAACUGUAUAAGGCCAAAUAGCGAUCUUCUUUGUUUCCAAUGUUGCAGUUUUGAGAUUUCCAUAGAACAACAAUACAAUCCUGCAGAUUCUCAGUUACUCUGACAUACCCAACCAGUACCCAACUUUGGCCAUUUCUACCAGGGGUUCCACAGAUAAUCAUGCUUGUGGAACCUUCAGCUGUGAAAAUUCCAUUACAUAAAAGGGUUGUUUCUUCAAUAACAGUUGCUGGUUCCAGAUUUGUGCUUUUAAGUCACAUUGCAUUCAGUUACAUUUCCUUCCCACAGCCAGGGUUUAAGAUUGUAGGUAAAAUAUGAGUGCAUUUUAGAUUAGAUAUAAUUUAGCUUCAUCUGGGGGCUUUUACGUGGAGCAAUGUUUGGCAAAAUACCAAAAUACUAGACCCUUAAAAAAGCAGUUAUAUUUAAAGUCUCUGAUGUUUUGUCAACCACCCUCUGACAGAUUAAACAUCUGUUGCCCAUUCAGAAAGCCAAACAGGAAAACCUAUUCAUACAAUAAUGUUUUUUAAACUUUGUAUUUGUUUGUGUUACUUUUAGGUGGAUUUGGUGCUUUUUUCUCGUUUGGGCAGAGGAUUCCUAUUCUGUAUUUUGGGUAAAUGUACAAAUAUUCUUCUUGAUUUAGAAGAUAUGUUCCUAAAAUUAUGUGUUUAUAGUUUAAGCAGUUCACUCUUCUGAGAUAGAGAAAUAAAAUUAAUAAAACAAAAUUUAAUGCCA